AUGUCCUCUGAAGCGCUCUCGCAAGAGCGAACUGCAGACGUAGCUACUAAGCAGGACACAGAAUGCGGAGAUGUGGACAGCAAGAGCUCUAGCAUGCAGCGCGACGCGGAAGCGGCAGCAGCGGAAACGAUUCAGCGCAACUACAGAGGUUAUCGGGAACGGAGACAACUACAGGGACUCGGCUUAGAUCCCUCAACGCGAUGGCUUGAGGCAGUUAAGGAAGCUCGGUACAGGAAUUACACUAGGCCGAUAUCACGGAGAAAGCGAUCAAGUCUGACACCACCAACCCUUGAUCAAGCUAGAAGGAACUCAGAUGCAGCAAGACAGAACUGGAAGCGCAUAGGCUACAUUGCUCGACGAGCUGGCGAAGACGAUACUAGCGGCGAGUCUGAGACGGAGGACAUAACAGCUGAAGAAUUAGAGAAGCGUCGGCAGCGCAAGCUCGAACUGAAGAGGGAGCGGGAGAAGUCCGCUAAGAUAAUGGACCUGCAAUAUUUUCUUGAAAUGGUGGACCUCAAGCACCGCCAUGGCGCGAAUCUGCGCGCAUACCACGAGGAAUGGAAGAAAGCUGAUACGAACGAGAACUUCUUUUAUUGGCUCGACCGCGGCCAAGGCCGGCACUUAGAGCUGCCUACUGUAUCCCGCGAAAAACUUGACAGAGAACAGGUUCGGUACUUGUCGCGAGAAGAGCGAUUACACUACCUGGUCAAGAUUGAUGAGGAAGGUAGACUCUGCUGGGCAGAGAAUGGCUUCAGGAUUAGUACCGACACUGAGUGGAAAGACAGCAUCAACGGGGUAGUACCGAAGGAUGAUCCCACUCCAAUGUUUCGAGGCUCUGCAGCGUCGCAAUCGCGGCGAAGCACGUUUUCAUCAUCGACAUCCUCGUCUUCAUCAAGCUCAAGCCAUUCGGCAGCAGGCGAGGAAGACGGAGACCGUUACGUCAGCUAUGACCUUGGGAAAAGGAAGGGAAAGAGGAGAUUCAUGCAUGCAUCUCCAGCGGCCAUACUUGACCAUUUCUUACGUAAAUCGGUGCGGCCCAACAGUUGGAUUUUCGUUGCAGACACGUCUUUUCGACUCUAUGUAGGUAUUAAACAGUCAGGAACCUUCCAACACAGCUCUUUCUUACACGGCGCCCGAAUAUCCGCAGCGGGUCUCAUCAAGAUCAAAGAUGGCCAACUGAGAAAGCUAUCACCCUUGAGCGGGCAUUACAGACCUCCAACUAAGAACUUUCGCGCGUUCGUCCACUCGCUGAAGGACGCUGGCGUUGACAUGUCACGAGUCUCUGUAUCGAGGAGCUAUGCUGUUUUGAUCGGUCUGGAGGGCUACAAGAGGGCCAGAAAGAAGAUUAAGCAUGGCAAACAACACCUAGCUGACCACAAGCAAAAACUGCUGCAUCCUGGCCAGGCGAAGAAGAGAGAGGAAGCCGAAAAGGAUAAAAGUGAUUCGGCGGAGAAGGAGCGAGAGGCCUUGGCUGCUGAAGCGCAGCAGGGAGAGAAAACGAGGACGGGAGACAGCUUCUGGUUGAAGAUGAUGAAAAGGCUGCAUCUGAACUCUUUCAGCUCGGAGUCUGAGGGGGGAAGGGAUGUCUGA